UGUGCAACGAUGGACCAGAAAAUUCUGUCCCUCGCAGCUGAAAAGACAGCAGACAGACUGCAGGCCUUUCUUCAGACCCUGAAGGAAGAGGACCUAGCUAAUCUCCUUCAGAAUCAGGCGGUGAAAGGCAGAGCUGUUGGAGCCCUCCUGAGAGCCAUCUUCAGAGGCUCCCCCUGCUCCGAGGAAGCUGGCGCUCUCAGGAGACGUAAGAUAUACACCUGCUGCACCCAGCUGGUGGAGUCGGGGGACUUGCAGAAAGAAACAGCCUCUGAGAUCAUCGGAUUGCUGAUGCUGGAGGUCCACUGUUUCCCAGGACCAUCGUUGGUAGAAUUAGCCAAUGAGUUUAUUGCUGCAAUCGCAGAGGGCAGCCUAACGAAUGGGAAAUCUUUGGAGUUAUUACCCAUCAUUCUCAUGGCCCUUGUUACCAAAAAGGGAAAUCUGGUGUGUGGAAAAGAUGAACUGAGUGGGGAAGAGUGUAAGAAGCAGUUGAUCAGCACCCUCUGUUCUGGCCGAUGGGAUCAGCGAUACGUGAUUCAGCUCACCUCCAUGUUCAAGGAUGUGCCUCUGACUGCAGAAGAGAUAGAACUCGUGAUGGGAAAAGUGUUCAAGAUGUUCUCGAAGCUGAACCUGCAGGAAAUACCGCCUUUGGUCUAUCAGCUGCUGAUUCUCUCCUCAAAGGGAAGCAGAAAGAGGGUUUUGGAAGGCAUCAUAGCUUUCUUCAACGAGCUAGAUAAGCAGCACAAAGAGGAACAGAGUGGUGAUGAGCUCUUGGAUCUCAUUACCGUGCCGUCAGGUGAACUUCGUCACGUGGAAGGCACCGUUAUUCUCCACAUUGUGUUUGCCAUGACAUUGGACUGUGAACUCGGCAGAGAACUCCUGAAACACUUAAAGGCAGGACAGCAAGGAGAUUUCAGUAAUAAUAUAUGCCCCUUCAGCAUUGCCCUCCUGCUCUCUGUAGCAAGAAUACAAAGGUUUGAGGAGCAGGUGUUUGACCUUUUAAAGGCUUCAGUUUUUAAAAGCUUUAAGGAUCUCCAGCUUCUCCAAGGCUCAAAAUUUCUUCAGAAUCUAGUCCCUCAUCCGUCCUGUGUUUCAACCAUGAUCUUGGAAGUGGUGAAGAACAGUGUCCAUAGUUGGGAUCAUGUUACUCAGGGCCUGGUCCAGUUCGGUUUCAUUUUAAUGGAUUCAUAUGGGCCAAAGAAGGUUGUUGAUGGAAAAGCUAUUGAAACCAGCCCAGGUCUUUGGAGAACACCAAACCAGCAUGCGUGUAAGCUGGGAGGUAACAUCCUGUUGGAAACUUUUAAGAUCCAUGAGAUGAUCAGACAGGAAAUUCUGGAGCAGGUCCUCAACAGGGUUGUUACCAGAGCAUCCUCUCCCAUCAGCCAUUUCUUAGAACUGCUUUCAAAUAUCAUCAUGUACUCGCCCUUGGUUCUUCAGAGUUGUUCUGCUAAAGUCACAGAGAGUUUUGACUAUUUGUCCUUUCUGCCCCUUCAAACGGUGCAGGGGCUGCUGAAGGCGGUGCAGCCCCUUCUCAAAGUGAGCAUGUCGAUGAGAGACUCCCUGAUACUGGUCCUUCGGAAAGCUAUGUUUGCCAGACAGCUCGAUGCCCGGAAAUCGGCGGUGGCCGGGUUUCUGCUGCUCCUGAAGAACUUCAAGGUCUUGGGCAGCCUGUCGUCCUCCCAGUGCAGCCAGGCCAUCGGCGUCAGCCAGGUCCACGUGGAUGUCCACAGCCGGUACAAUGCUGUGGCCAACGAGGCUUUUUGCCUUGAGAUCAUGGAUAGUUUGAGGAGAUGCCUGGGCCAGCAGGCUGACGUUCGGCUCAUGCUUUAUGAGGGGUUCUAUGAUGUCCUUCGAAGAAACUCUCAGCUGGCUAAUUCGAUCAUGCAGACUCUGCUGUCACAGCUGAAACAGUUCUACGAGCCCCAAUCCGACGUGCUGCCGCCUCUGAAGUUAGACGCUUGUAUUUUGACCCAAGGAGAUCAGAUCUCGCUCCAGGAGCCACUGGACCACCUGCUGUGCUGUAUUCAGCACUGCUUGGCCUGGUAUAAGAGUAAAGUGAUGCCCGCACAGCAGGGAGGAGAGGAAGAGGAGGAGGAGGAAGGAUUCUACCAAGAGUUAGACGACAUGUUAGAGUCUCUUACCAACAGAAUGAUCAAGAGUGAACUAGAGGACUUUGAACUGGAUAAAUCAGCAGAUUUUUCCCAGAGCACUGGUAACGGCAUCAAAAAUAACAUCUGUGCUUCUCUUGUGAUGGGAGUUUGUGAGGUUCUCAUGGAAUAUAAUUUCUCCAUCAGUAAUUUCAGCAAGAACAAGUUCGAGGACAUCCUGAGCUUAUUUACGUGUUACAAGAAGCUCUCUGACAUCCUCACCGAGAAAGCUGGCAAAGGCAAAACCAAAGCGGCCAGCAAAACCAGUGACAGCUUCUGGUCCAUGAAGUUCGUGUCCGAGCUGCUCACCGCGCUUUUCAGGGACAGUACCCAAAGCCAUGAGGAGAGUCUGUCUGUCCUGAGGUCCAGCAAUGAGUUCAUGCGCUAUGCAGUGGGCGUGGCUUUGCGGAAGGUGCAGCAGCUGAAGGAGACGGGGCAUGUGAGCGGCCCCGACGGGCAAAACCCAGACAAGAUCUUUCAGAACCUCUGUGACAUAACCCGGGUCUUGCUGUGGAGAUACACGUCCAUUCCGACGUCGGUGGAGGAGCCGGGGAAGAAGGAGAAGGGGAAGAGCAUCUCGCUGCUGUGCCUGGAGGGCUUGCAGAGGGUCUUCAGCGCCGUGCAGCUCUUCUUCCAGCCCAGGGUGCCCCUGUUCCUGCGUGCGCUGGAUGUCCCGGAUAACGAGGAGGAAGAGGUGGAAGCCACUGUCACCCAGAGAGCGGCGUUCCAGAUCCGGCAGUUCCAGAGGUCCUUGUUGAAUUUACUCAGCAGCCAAGAGGAGGAGUUUAACAGCAAGGAAGCCCUGCUCCUCGUCGGCGUCCUCGCCAGCUUGGCCAGGCUGCUGGAGCCCACCUCCCCCCAGUUUGUGCAGAUGUUAUCCUGGACCUCCAAGAUCUGCAAGGAAAACAGCCGGGAGGAUGCCUUGUUUUGCAAGGGCGUGAUGAACUUGCUCUUCAGCCUGCACGUUGCGCACAAGAGCCCCGUCGCCCUGCUGCGGGACCUGUCCCAGGACAUCCACGGGCACCUUGGGGACAUAGACGAGGAUGUCGAGGUGGAGAAAACAAACCACUUCGCGGUGGUGAAUUUGAGAACAGCGGCCCCUACCGUCUGUCUGCUGGUUCUCAGUCAGGCGGAGAAGGUCCUGGAAGAAGUGGACUGGCUGAUCACCAGGCUUAAGGGACAAGUGAGCCAAGAAACCGUAUCAGAAGAGGCGUCUUCCCAGGCAGCCCCACCGAACCAUCCCGUGGAGAAAGCCGUCAUCAUGCAGCUGGGGACGCUGCUCACCUUCUUCCACGAGCUGGUGCAGACCGCCCUGCCCUCGGGCAGCUGCGUGGACACCUUGCUGAAGGACCUGUGCAAGAUGUACACCAUCCUCACCUCACUUGUCAAAUAUUACAUCCAGUUGUGUCGGAGCACGAGAGGAAUCCCAAAGAUCAUGGAGAAGCUGGUGAAGCUGUCGGGUUCUCACCUGACCCCUGUGUGCUAUUCCUUCAUUUCUUAUGUGCAGAACAAGAGCAGCAGGAGCCCACCGUGCCCAGGAGGGAAGAAGAAGGCCGCCGCUGCUGGAGCCGUGGCCGUGGCCAGAGUUCUUCGGGAAACCAAGCCAAUCCCCAACCUCAUCUUUGCCAUCGAGCAGUAUGAGAAAUUCCUCAUCUUCCUUUCCAAGAGGUCCAAGGUGAACCUGAUGCAGCACAUAAAGCUCAGCACCUCGCGGGACUUCAAGAUCAAGGGGAACAUCCUGGACAUGCUUCUCAGGGAGGAGGAGGAGGAGGAGGAGGACGACGACGAGAACAGAGAGGACGCUGCGUCAGAGCACGGGGAACAGAACCAAGAACCAGCCAAGAAGAAAAGGAGAAAAGAAACGAAAUGCCUGAGUUAA